CUCGUCUCUUUAAACCUCUGCGUUUUCCUAUUCUUUCCCUCCGUAUCCCCUCAUUUGUUUACCCCGCGCGAUAUCGCGCACAGCUGCCAUGGAAAUGAACCAUCUCAUAGGUCAGCGUUUCAACCUGAUCUCGAAAAGUGACAUUCGCUAUGUCGGUACUCUUCACGAAAUCAACCCCGAAGCUUCCACGAUAGCUCUUGAGAAUGUCAUGUCAUUCGGCUCAGAAGGGCGCCGUGGCAACCCCGCCGAGGAAGUCCCACCCUCAACCAGCGUCUACGAGUACAUCGUCUUCCGAGGAAGUGAUGUGAAGGACAUCAGCAUUGCUGGGGAGGACCAAAAGGAUCCCGCACCGCAAGAAGCACCUCGGGUACCAGAUGACCCUGCCAUUCUCGGGGGCGCUCAACGACCAGUUCCUCCCCAGGGGCCUGACUCGGGACCUGCUCCACAGAAUCUUCCUCCCCAGGGCCCUCCACAGGGACCUCCCCAGCUGCCCCAGGGAGCUGGCCCAACCCCUCCCGGCUACCCCCCGCAGCACCAAUUCCAGCAAGGUUUCUACCCUCCCUACGGACAACGAUUUGGACCUCCUCCUCCAUUCCCUCCCGGUCCCGGUUUCCCGCCAUAUGGUGCUCCGCCCGGAUGGUACCCCCCUCCAGGCCAUGGAUUCCCCCCCGGCCCUGGUCAAUUCCAACCACCGAUGCCCAUUGGCCCUGGUCAACAGCCUGGACCUCAGCAGUCAGGACCUCAGCAGCCUGGCCCUCAGCGCCAGGGACCUCCCGGUGCCGCUCCCGCGCCUAAGCCCACCUCUGAACUCCCGGUCGGGGACAAGCUUCCCAGCAAGUCUAAGAGCGGUAACGCAACCCCGGCCGCUCAGCACGCUCCCACUCCUCCAAUCGAGUCCAAGCCUACUGUGGCUGAAGCUUUGCAAGGUCCUGUCAGUUCUGCUCCUCUGAAUGCUGUCUCUCAGAAGAAUGGCCGAGUCAUGCCAGCUAUCCCGAUCGCUGCCCCAAAGCCUGCUCCUCCCAUUGGCCACAUUGCUACUGCCCCUCGGGGAAAUAACCAGUCUACCACCGAUGCGACUGCGGCCGCCACUGCUGCCGUUGCUGCCGCCAUGGCCAAGUUGCCGCAGCCUGUGGCUCAAAAGCAACCCGGACAGCCUGAAGGUGCCGUGGACGCGCUUACGCAGCAGAUGAACCACAUGCGCCCUUACGACAACACCCGUGCUCCCCGAGGCGGUCACCACCACCCUCGUGGUGGACGCGGCGGUGCUCGUCCUCAGCAGCAGCCCAAGAAAAUCGAAGUCCCUCAAUCGGAUUACGAUUUCCAGACCGCAAACGCCAAGUUCAACAAGCAGGAUUUGGUGAAGGAGGCCAUUGCCACUGGAGUUCCUGUGGCUGAAGCUGAGGCGCAUGCAGCCGAGGAGGCCGAAUCCAUGGAAUCCAUGUCAAACAGCGGCGCCGCCUCUUCGAACCAUGGCUACAACCGCGGUUCUUCCUUCUUCGACAAUAUCUCGAGUGAGUCUCGCGAUCGUGAGGAAAACACCGCUCGUAUGGGUGGUCGUGAAUGGCGCGGCGAGGAGGAGAAACGCAAUAUGGAAACCUUCGGACAGGGUAGCGUUGAUGGCUACCGGCCCAACUACCGCGGUCGUGGCCGUGGCCGCGGCUAUGGUCGUGGUCGAGGUGGUUAUAGUCGUGGCUACGGCCGUGGCCGCGGCGGCCGGGUCCCCUCGGAGUCCACUGGUGUCCCAUCCCAGGGUUGA